AUGGUGAGCGAAACACCUCAGCAAUCCGAACCUCUUGCUUUGGGAGCUCGAACUUCUGAGUACCAGCGAGAUGUUGUCAUCGUGAAGACAUAUGAUCCACCGUAUCUGCUCUUCAGUUCCUUGGAGUUUCCUAUGCAUGAUUCUGCAUAUUGGUUGUCAUGGCUCUUGUGGGACGGAAUCCUUACCUUUGUCUCCUCACUCUUCUUGGUCCUCUUCGGAAUGAUGUUCCAGUUUGAUUUUUUCUUGAAGAACAGUUUUGCUGUUGUCUUCCUGCUCUUCUUGCUUUUCCAGUUCAAUAUGAUUGGCCUAGCGUUCGUGCUCUCAUCUUUCAUUAGCAAAUCAUCUUCGGCAACAACUGUUGGUUUCCUUGUCUUCCUUGUUGGUUUUAUAACACAGAUUGUAACAGAGGCUGGAUUCCCUUAUUCACACUCACAGUCGAUUGCUCGCCGUGUGAUUUGGUCAUUCUUUCCACCGAAUACCUUUUCUGCAGGUCUGCAGAGACUUAUUCAGGCAACAUCAUCUCCUGGAGAUUCGGGAAUAAGUUGGAGUGGAAGAGCAAUAUGUACAAAAGAUGAUGAUUGCAUUAUGACAAUUAACAUUGUAUUCCAAUGGCUCCUUGGGACAUUCCUAUUAUGGUUUGGUCUGGCUAUCUAUUUUGACAAUAUAAUUCCCAAUGCAUCCGGCGUGAGGAAAUCGAUCUUCUACUUUCUAAAACCUAGUUACUGGACUGGAAAAGAAGGCAACAAAGUGGAAGAAGGGAGUGUUUGUAGCUGUAUUGGCUCAGUUCCAUAUGCAGAGCAUAUUACCCCAGAGGACGAAGAUGUGCUUGAAGAGGAGACUAUAGUUAAACAACAAGCAAUUGAUGGAAUAGUUGAUCCUAACAUUGCAGUUCAGAUUCAUGGUCUUGCAAAGACAUAUCCUGGAACAACCAAGCUUGGAUGCUGCAAAUGCAUGAAAACUUCGCCUUUUCAUGCUGUAAAGGGUUUGUGGAUAAACAUUGCCAAAGAUCAGUUGUUUUGUCUUCUUGGACCCAAUGGCGCAGGGAAAACAACUACUAUUAGUUGUUUGACUGGCAUAAAUCCAGUUACUGGUGGUGAUGCUCUUAUUUAUGGAGAGUCCAUAAGAAGUUCGGUGGGUAUGACAAACAUUCGUAAAAUGAUAGGAGUGUGUCCACAGUUUGAUAUUCUUUGGGAUGCUUUGUCUAGUGAAGAGCACCUCCAUCUCUUUGCUAGCAUCAAAGGGUUGCCACCAGAUGAGAUCAAAUCGACAGCUGAGAAGUUACUGGCGGAUGUAAAACUGACUGGAGCGGCGAAAGUUAGAUCAGGAAGUUAUAGUGGUGGAAUGAAACGUCGACUCAGUGUGGCAGUAGCACUCAUUGGUGAUCCAAAGCUGGUCUUCCUAGAUGAACCGACAACUGGCAUGGACCCUCUCACGAGGAGACAUGUGUGGGAUAUUAUACAAGAGUCAAAGAAAGGUCGCGCCAUCAUACUAACUACACAUUCUAUGGAGGAAGCUGAUAUUUUAAGUGAUCGAAUAGGGAUCAUGGCUAAAGGCAGGCUCCGUUGCAUUGGGGCCUCAAUCAGGUUAAAAUCCCGCUUUGGCACGGGAUUUGUUGCUACCGUUAGCUUCAUCGAAAGCAAAAAUGACAAUAACAUCGCUGUUGGAGCUUCCCACGAGCCAUUGAAGAAAUUCUUCAAAGAGCAUCUGAAAGUUGAACCAACAGAAGAAAACAGAGCUUUCAUGACUUUUGUUAUCCCCCACGACAAAGAAAAGCUUUUGACGGGUUUUUUUGAGGAGCUACAAAACAGAGAAUCUGAAUUCGGAAUCUCAGACAUCCAACUCGGUCUUGCGACUCUUGAAGAAGUGUUUAUGAACAUCGCAAGACGUGCUGAACUAGAAAGCGCAACAGCUGAAGGAAACAUGGUCACUCUGGAGUUAGAAUCAGGCAUCUCACUAGAGAUACCUGUGGGAGCAAGAUUUGUUGGGAUCCCUGAAACAGAAAACGCAGAGAAUCCAAGUGGGAUAAUGGUGGAAGUGUACUGGCAACAAGACGGGUCGGGAUCAAUGUGCAUCUCAGGACACUCAUCAGAGAUGCGGGUACCACAGAAUGUUCCGGUGACACGUCCACCAUCACCAAAUGCAUUAGGACAUAAAGGGCUACGACAAGGUGUUCGUGGUAUCGUGAUUGAUUUAUGAAUCUAACAAUUACAAUUAAAAAAUUUUGGUUGUUGGAAUUGUAAACAAAGAAUAU